AUGGAGGUUAAGCUAGACGUUCUCAUGUCUACAUGUAUCAAACAAAGAAAGCCAUGGCCUCGCAUCUCCUGGAUUGGUCAGGAAAAAGAGGCUAUUUUUCUUCUGGAUGAUAAACAUAUAAAUGAAAUUAACCUGACGUCAGGGAGGACAAAGAAAAAAAUCCCUCGGCUGCAGUCAUUGCUAAAAAAUGUAAUCGUCUUAACAACUUCAAGAAAUGGUGCUUGGUUGGCAGGAAUACUUACAACAGGAGAACUAUUUCUUUGGAAUAAAGAUCAAGACUUGUUGAAAAUUGUGCCAGCAAUUGAAGAGUCUAGGAAAGCCAUUACAGCAGCACAAGAGUGUUUGAUGCGAUUGCACUUGUAUGUAUCUGGAGAUGGCAGAAAAAUACUAUUCACUACUCCUACGGCAUGUGUCUUUCUCUGGGAGAGCACAGAGCAGGCAAAUACACACUGCUCUAAGAAUUCUUCAGUGGCUGGACGCUGGACACAAAUUUUGCCUGAUGAAUCUCUUAUGCUGCCUUCCACUGACGAAAAAGAAACCGGAGUGCAUGCUGCUUUCAUACAAAAUGAGAUACUGGGUGAUUGCUGUUUAUGCAGUUUUGUCUUCUACUCUGGGGAAUGCUUGGUGCUCACAUUUUUGGCUCUCCGAUGGCAUGAAAAUAGCUUGAGAUGUGUUAGUGCUUUGCCAUAUCAGAUUCACUGGGUACAGCAGACCUGUUCUCUUGCUAAUCUGGUUCCUCAGUGUAUGUCUGUAAAGUCAAGAGGAGCUUUGUUAACUGCAUUUGCAAGAGAUGGACUUUUACUUGCAGUAGCUGUUAAUCAAAAUGAUCCAAAGGCAACUCAGAUUUUGUUUUUAAACACGCUGAAUUUUCUAACUGUUUCGGGUAGUCUUAAAGGUUGCAGUAGCAAGAACAGCACAGUUCCCUCCAAAUUUGUCAGGUCUUAUUGGGUUGGUGACAUGAGUUGGACUCCUAAUAGCCUUUUCUUGGCUUGCAUGUUAAAACGUGGAUCGUUGAUUUUAUUGACUUGUAUGGGUGAAUUGCUGACCUUGAUUACUUCAGGCUGCUCUGUAGAAUUUGGACCAGCAGAGUUUAUUCUAUUUCAUCACCUAAUAACAUAUAGACAGCAGCACUCUUUGUGUCAAGACUCUAGUCAGUCUCUUGGUUCUUCAGCCUCUGAAAGUGACAUUUUCAGACAGAGAUUCUCUGUUACUUCCCACUCGACAUUACCCUACCUCAUUGUUUCGGAUGGAUACAUGAUAACAGUGCUAAGAUUUCCCAACAAGCUUUCACCAUCGGGAUUUGUAAGAUCGCUUUUGCUUGAUUCAACCCAACGGCUUGAAAAUGUCCGACAGAAUUUCACAAACUGUAAGUCUAAAGCAAGACGGACAUUUUUACGAUCGUUGUUGUCUUUAAAAGCUAGUCUUUUGAAACAUACUCAAAAUCAAAGCUCCAUCUUUCCCACCAUUCCAAAAUUCCUGGAAAAGGACACAACAGAAGUGAAUGACAAAAACAUUGAUUUACAGGAUUAUGAAGAAGAAUCAGACGAUGAAAAACACUUUAAAAAUAGCUUGUCCAGCUUCUCUAGCCAGAGAAUCAGUUCAUUUGUUGGUAAAGCUGAUCAAGGCCGUUUGGAAUUUGCAUCAAUGUUUGAUACUAUUCAUGCAAAAGAUGUUACUGAAGAAAAAGAUAACUUAUCAGCAGAACUAAAUUCUAUUGAGAAAAAUCUCCUUACUGCCUGGCAGAUAGGAGUUUCAAAAAAUAUGGAAGAGAAAGAUACUUUGCUGAAUUAUACAGUAAACUGCUUUACCCAUUUUUUCAACAUUCUGCAGUUCAUAGAAGGCUCUUCACUAAAUCAGGAUGCAUUUUUAAAUAAGUCUUUGAAGAAUACUCACUGGAUGUAUUAUGUGUUAAAAUAUUUUCAGCAGUGUUUAACUCUCCUUUAUGGGCAUUCAAGAGCCAGUCUGACUGUGCAUGUGGCAAAGCUGACGUUACAAACUAUAAAACUGAUCCUUACUCACCAGCAGGAUGAGGUGUUCUCAGAAAACCUUUUGGCAUGCUUCUGUCUUCUAAGGAUGGUUUCUCACACUCUCAGUAGCAUGUGUGUACUACAAAAUGAGGUUUUUUUUGCAUCUCCUGUUGUUAAUAGUCUAGUGGAGCUUGACUCCCUUGUGGUGCCUAUUUUCCUAGCUCUUGGUGAGAGUGCUACUCAACAAAUCAGCUCUCUAAAAUCUCUGCUCAGAGAGACCCCUCAAGUAAUAAAUCACAAUGGCAAGACAGAAAGAAGGUUGACUGUACUAUGGCAGUUAUUAUAUAAUAAAGUUGUUUGGUAUCAAACACAGCUGAACAGAAAAGCACAUAAGAAUGCAGAUGAAGAAUCUGUUGUCUCGUCACUUUUAAGUCAUAUACAAGCAACCCUCCAGUCUUCAGGAGUGACCUUAGAACAACAUUUAAAGCUUAAUUCUGUAGCUGGUGAAGAGAAGUUCCUUUUAGGCUCAUACAGAGAAUCUGUGGAUGAAUGGAAAAGAUCUCUUUGUGAAAUCAAAGCAAAUGGAGGACGAAGAGCAUGCUUUCUUCAAAGUAGAUACUAUCUUGCUAUAUUAUUUUGCCACUUGUAUCACUAUAACUUGUGUGAGGCUCAAGGACUCUGUGAUCAUCUGGUAGGAGAGAUUCUAAGGCGAUCUCAGCUCUCAGUAAAGCAGAUGGCUACUUUUUCUGAUAACAAGUAUUCUCAGCAUGAACUGUGGAGGAUAACAGAUGUUCAUACUGAAGCAGCUGUGGCUGUGAUUCAGUCCAUGGCACGAUUCAUGGCUGCUUAUUUCACAAAUCAGCUGCUUUAUAUUCUUCCCCCACACAAUGUUGACAUCCUGCAUCCGCUUCACAUCAAACCAGAUGUAUUUCCUCGUGUUGUUCCCCUGCAACACUCCUUGGUUACCAAAGCUGUGAUAGACCAGAACCUUUCCUCCGUGUGGACAGCUGACUAUGCUCUUGACUUGUUCUUUGUUGGUGGACUCAUUCCAGAGGCUGUGUGGCUAACACACAGGCUUGGGGACUGGAAAGUGUCUGCUUCAAUUGGUGUGGCCUACAGUCUGUAUUUUCAGAACUCUGAUCAUCGCUCAAGACUGAAAACGAUGGAAUAUCAGCUGCCAUUAAGCUUAUCACCAACACUGACUUUUCAGGAAAAGUUGCAGUCUUUGUUAGGACAACCAGUUACUUCUGAAAUAGCAAACGAAGGAGAUACUAACUACAAGCAGUUUACAGAUCCCAUUGAAGAAGAAGAUGCAAAUAUUCUUUAUAGUUCAGUACAGGAGCUAUUGAAAGCUGCUGUUAUGUCAGAUGCUGAUAUUCUCUCAGAGACAUUUCAGCUUUUGAUGGAUUCUGGAAAGGAUGUUGGCAAAAAGCUGUUUGGUUUAGUUCCUGAGGGGUUUUAUCUUCCAGCACCACCCUUGUACUGUCCUCAGCCAGCUUCUCUCAGUGAAGAAGAUUGCAAUGAUAUUCUUCUGAAGAUUGAGAGGCAAAGUCGUCAGAAAGUGUCAGGAGUUCUGCAGCGAAUUAUCUUGCUCUUCCGGGCUGCUCGUUGUUCCUGCCCGGCUGCACAGUGGUAUAUUGCACAACUGAGGAGAGCAAGAAAAGUUAUGCAAAAAAUUCGAAUGAAAGGAUCUCUGCCUUCACUGGCUCCAUUUCCAGAGAGUUUGUUUCGUUAUUCCAAUUUUCCUACUGUAUUCAAUAGGCCAACAUCUUCUGGAGGCCAUCAGUUUGAUGACAUUUCCUGUAAAAUUUUAGGCUGCUUCAGAGAACUGUGUGCAUUUUGUUGGAUGUUUCAUGUUCGUGAGAGGUUAUCUCACAGUUGUAGGAGGUACCAAACUGCAAGAGAAAAUAUGAGUAAUAAUAAGGAUCUUAAGGAGAAUGAGUAUGAUGCCUCUAUAGUUGAGCAUGGUCUGAAUGCAGUGGAAUGGGCUUGUCGAAUGCUUCCUUUCUGCAGGUUCAUGAAUGUUGAAGAAUUAGUUCAAGAUAUAAUUUUGAGUCUUCUUGGAGAAUUGCCACCAAUCAAAAAGGUGGCAGAAAUUUUGGUGAAAGCAUUUCCUAAUUCUGAAGAUGUAAGAGUUCCGCUAAGGGAUAAAUAUCACGCUCUUCAGCAGCAUCUUGAACGCUGUGUUGUUAAAGGUCCCAGUGGUGAAGAAAUGAUGCCAUGUGUUAUACAGACUACUGAGAAAGUGAGAGUGAAGGCCUUGAAACGUGUAAUAAGGAACAUAGGUCCCAUUGAAAUUAAUAUCUGGGAGCCAGCAGAAGAGGGGGCAGCAGAUGAUGAAGCACAUUGCUAUGAUGGGCUCUCGCUAGGGACUAGUCUGAGCAGAAGCACGCUCACUGAUCUUGGGAUUCCUCAGGUAUAUAGUGAUGCUGAAACAGCAGAUACGCUUUCCGAUGCUUUGCUUACUGAUGAAGUAAGAGACCAAACACCUUCACCUCAAAGGGGUAAUGAACCCAAGAGAGGAGGAGAUUUAAGUAGCAAGAAUACUACUUGCAACAUAAGAACUCUUAACUGGAAAAAAAAGCAUAAAGAAAAACUACAUAGAAGAAACUCACAUAACCAAUGUAAUUUGCCUAUAGUUGGUGCAUGGGAAUUUGAACGUGAUGAUGACGAAUAUGUUAUUUUCUUAGAACUUUUUCUGAGUUAUGUUCUUGAGAGAGACCUGAUAAAUUGCAGUGACCUUGGAAUUCCAUUUCUUACUAGCUUUUCAGGACUUCUUAGAGAACAUGAAUUGAACUCUCUCAUGUUUGAUGUUCAUACAACACUAAAACGUCGACAAGGCAAAACAAGAAGCCAAAGUGUGUUUAGAGCAGGAUCUUGCUAUACUGUCACCCUGGCAUCUUCCAAUCCUGAAACAGUUUCUGCCCAUAAUGAAAACCAAAAUAUUGUGGAAAGUCAGGUUUCUGUUGUACAGUCAAAAGAAUCAACAGAAUCUUCUCAUCACAACUUAAUGAAAGGAUUUGAUAAAGGAUUGUUUGGUUUAAAACACAAGUCAAUUUACAGAACUCAGGAUGAUAGUCAAGAAGUAACUGUUGCCCCAGCAAGCCAGGCCUUUCCCAACCAUAUUUCCAGUAGCUCACAAACUCUGCUCACUUCUAAAUGUAUUUACAAAACUGUUGAUAUACUUGACAUUGUACCAGGAGAUGAAAUACCUCUAAAAUUGAUGGAUAAAUUUAGCAAUAUAGCAAGAUUGCUUGAGUGGAUGAUCAGGUGGUCCGAUAAAAGACUGCUCUGUGGUUUCAAUAAAGAAGAUUCUUUAGAAGAGAGUGUCCCAAUGAUACAUGUGAAGACAUCAGCUGCUGCUGUCCUUACUUCGUUAUGGCUUUUAGAGCAGCUAUACAAUGAUGGAUCACAAGCAAGAAACAUAAAAUUUAAGCAUCAGUUUUUGAAAGGAUUUGCAUCUCCAUCAGAAGCACAACCUAAGACAGAGAAAGAAAGCACAGAAAAAGAAAGCACAGUUGAAGGCUCUUUUGCAUUGACACAUCCUCCACUCGAUGUCCAGUGCAAAACUCUCGCAAAAGCCUACGAUGACCUCUGUGAAAGUGAUUUGGGAAUGUCUACAAAGUCAAAUUAUGUUAAGAAGGAAAUUAAUCAUGAGAAUUAUUCUGUACCUGAUAUGAUUGAAGAUCUUAAUGAAGAGGGACCAUUUCUUCAGAAGGAGUUAGAGGCAACAUCAGAAAGUGAAGAGUUCUUCGAAGAGCCAUUUGAAACUCCAAAAAGCUCCAGUAGCCCUGUCAGGAUCAAACCUAUAGAACAAGCAAGAGAAAAGCCUAUCCCCAUUUCAGAGGUAAAUUGUCCACAGAAGACAAGAGUGGAAGACAAGGAAGAUCAAAGAGUGGAAAAAUCAGAGAAAAGAAAGACUGAACAGAAUGGCAUAACUGAAAUGGUUCCUAUUAUUACACCUCAUUCACUCUGUUUAGAAAAAGAUGAGGAAAUGUUCAGUAAUAGAGAGAUUUCUGUAAGUGAUGGUCAGCCUUCUUUGACAGUUGUGUCAAACAUAUCAAGUAUUGCCUCCAAUGCAUCCCUUUGCACAAAAAAUCAAAAAGUAAAGAAGGAAACCUCCACAGCAGAGAAACAGAGCACAUCGGAAACUGCCAGGCAGAUGCUCCAAGAUGAAAUGCUUAAAUUAGUCCAGCUACAGCAAAUCAACUUCCUGAGCUUAAUGCAAAUAGUGCAGUCAUCCUUUGCCAGCCUGCCAAAUGUGCAGCAGAUUUUGCAACAGUCUCAAUCUGCUCAGCUGGAAGGAAGCCAACCUUCACACACCCCAAAAGGUGGUGUCUCUGAAAAAUCUUCAUGUUCUGCAAAUGCUUCUCUAAAAACAAAACUGCUCACUCAAGGAGAUAAAGGAAAAUCUGAUAAGUUCUUUGAUUUUCAGCCAAGCAAUAAUUUAAGAGAUGAAAGCAGCAAUGGCCAUACUGAUAAUCAUCCAGAUGCAAAUGUUACUUUAAAGCCAUUAGAGAACCACUCCAGUGAAACAGAAUUUAUUCCACCAUCUCAAAAUUUGCCUUAUUCAGCACCUGUUAAGCCACUUCCUCUCUUGACUUCUUCCUCAAAUGUUCCAAAAACACCCAAGCUUAUCCCUAUUGAAAAAAACCAGAAUUGCUCAAAUGGAUUUCCUUUGCUUAAACUUGAAUCAAGUUAUCAUUUCAAACCGCCGUAUUUACAGCCAAUAGAAAAUUCCUCACCUUUUGCCAGACCACCCCCAGUGCCACGAGUCGCUUGGAAUUCAUCAGAUCCUUUAUGGAACCUUCAGUCAUCAUAUACACCAAGAAAACUGAGCAAGUCAACAACACAUUUGAAUGCACGUGGGCAUGACCCCAAGACGCUAAGGCAGACGUAUAAGGAAGAGAAAAGAUGGGCAGAAAAUGUUCAUGAGGGACCUUCUGGACAUCAGUAUGCAGGACGGCAAGAAGUUUUGUCUCAGCAGCAGUUCUCUGUGAGUGUGAAUGUGGACAAAGCUGCCACGACCAAGAAGAUGGCUGGUAUUCCACUGCUGCGUUUGCCACUGGAUCCAGUGCCUAAACUUAUACCAGUUAUAAGACAGCCAGUCACUACUACUUUGAUACCUGUUAAACCUGUAACAAAGGAGACGGAUUGCAGAGGAACAGUACAGCACACAGGAAUAUCAUUGCUCUAUGCUGAUUUACCUCAAAAACAGAAGAGACCAGUGCUCAUUCCACUUCAAAAACUUACUGCAUUUGAGCAAUGCCACCAGCAUCAUGCUGUUCCUGGUGCUUCCUUUGGACAGGAUCAAGCCAAACCUAUUCCGUUACUAAAAACCAACAUAGAAUCAUUUGAAGCAAGUAAUGUGCAGAAUAGAAAAAGACAAAAGAGGCGUGAUGAGAAACGACUGAAAGAGGAGGAGGAAAAGAAGAAACCCAGUGUGACCUUCUGCUCAGAUGACAGCAUCAUUGAUAUUAGUGCUACAGAGAUGAUAGAUGCAUCAGCGAUGGGGGAUCAACAAGCCAAAUCUACCUGUUACCUUGGAAAUGACUUUUUCAUUUCACCAGACCCAGUAGGAGAAGCAAUCACUACUUCAGCAGAUCUACAUUACCUAGCUUCUGUUAGAAAAAAACCUGCAGAAACUCAAGAUGCAAGUACAAAUACUACUUCAGAGCUCAAAUCAUAUCAGAGUGUUGGAAUUGGUGAUGGAAAUGUGGUUUCCGAAGCUGGGAAAAAUCAGUCAGUCAUGACAGAUCCUGUGGCAGAAUCAUUAACUGUCCCUGAGAUGUUACCACAAGAUAUGUAUUUAAACCUCCCUGCUGAGGAGAAUGAGACACAUUUAUCACCCUCACUGUUUGAUGCACCUGUUGUGAGUGAACAUGAAUAUAUCAAAGUGACUGACAUUGAACAAAGUGAUCUACUUAACGUUUUGCCCAUCAUACCUGAAUCUGCAGAAGAGACAGUUAGUACACAGCAAAAUGAGGAGUUUGAAAUUUCAUUUAUAAAAUUUAGUCACGUGGCAAAUUCUGUUACUAGUACACCUCCGGAGGAGUUACAAAGGAAAGACAAUCAUCUCAACAAUGUGUCAUAUCAAGUGCAAAAGGAAGAUAAAAUGUCUGAUUCUGCUAGUGAUGGUGUGACGUGGAAUGCAGUACAUAAGGACGCCAGAACUUUUCAUUCUUCAGGGCUACCAGCCAAAGUAAUUGGCAAAGAAUACUUUUCCACAAAGUUGCAGGAAAUGGAUACACAGCUACAGACACUUCAGGACAUAGCAGAAAAUAUGGAGAAGGAUUUCAGCAAUACUAAGCAGCUAGUAAAAAUAAUAGAAGAUUUUGAAAUAGCUGCCAACGCAGGCCUUGGCGCUCAUUCAUCAUUCUCUGAAGAUGCUGGACUCCUUGAUGAUGAUCAUUAUACGAGUGGCCUGAUUAUUGAAGAUGGUAUGGAUGAAGAAAAGGAAGGGUUAAGACUGGAACGUCCUGUACCCAGUUACACAACACUGGAUGUGCCCCUCUCUGCCUCUGCAGCCUCUGCUUCUGAUGGUGGCAUAUUACAAUCAUAUGCUGGCUUACACAUAUGUGGAAAAUUAACUCAUAGAUCUUUAGAAGACUCCCUGCAACUCAGUGGCCUUAGUGGUGUUUCUGACAUCAUUAAUGAUCUUAUAGUAGAAGGUGCUAUCUCUCCAACAGAGCUGGGCUUUAGAAAAACACAGACUAAGAAAAUCUCUGCUGGGCGUCAUCAAAGAACAGAAAAGGAGAAGAAAGAGAUACGAGCCUGGAUGAAAAGAAAGCGGAAGGAAAGAAUGAGGGAAUAUAUGAAGAAACUGGAUGAGCAAAGGCAGAAAGAACACAAUCCAUUUAAUAUAAGAAAAAGUGGGCAUUGUCUUACCUCAAAGGAAAUUAAAUUGAUCCAGAAGAAGAAAGAAGAAAAAGACAAAGCCCUCUUAUCUGAGCAUCACAGUCUGAGAGUAUCGCAGGCCCUUUCCCUGAUGAAUGAAAUGUUAUCUGAAACAGUGUUGUUACCUGAAAACGAAUGCAGACCAUCAUCCAAGACAAGAUCACCUCAAGAGUACAGAAAACAGCAUAUUGCAUCUACUAACAGAAGGCGUCCCAAAAGUCACGUUCUGUCAGAAAAGAGUAGGAUUGCUGCCAAACCCAGCUUUGGUGAAACAAGAGCUCUUGGUUUAGCAGCACCCAGGGGCAGUACUACUAUGUUGUUACAGAAGAGUACUUCUAGAGGAAGAAUGAGACACUCAGCAAACUGGCCUGUUAAUUCUAGAUACUUUGCUGAGAACAGAACCAGCAGAACACCAAAACAAAAGCUUUUACCUGUUGCUACUGCAGUGCAGACUGAAGAUCUUGAUCAUGAGACUGAACGAGAUGUAGUAAGUCCUUGGAGUGUGCCUGAUGAAAUCCAAAGAAUACUUCAUGAUACUCCUGACUCCUUGUUUCAGGCUUCUGCACUUCCUCCUGUUAGCUUCUCUCCCCUCGACGUUAAUGAUACCGAUGGUGUUUCUGAAAGCACAGGAAGUAUCCUCAGCAAACUGGAUUGGAAUGCAAUUGAGGCUAUGGUAGCAGAUGUGGACGACAAGUGAACAGAAUUUCUGUACCACUGUGCAUUUUCAAAGCAAUUGCCAGUGCUUAAUUUUGUUAUUUU